AUGGGUUCUCCCCUCCCUUUAGUCAACAGGUAUCUCACCGGCGUUUCUUUGCGCUCAGGUUGCUGCUGUGGAGCCGACGAUGUGGAAGCACCCGGCGAACAGAGGGUUUCUGUGGGAAUGUCACAGGGGAAGAAUCCCAAGGCAGCCUCGUCUUCCCAGAAGAGACACCCCUGUGAGAGUUGCGGGCCGGUCUUGAGAGACAUUUUCCACUUGGUCGAGCAUCAGGGGACACAGCCCAGCCAGAAACUGCUGAGGUGUGGGGCGUGCGCAAGACGAUUUUAUUUCAGUGUAAACGGUCACCAGCUUGCGGGGCAGCACAUGGGAGGGGAGCCCUUCAGAAGUCGUGCAGACAAGGCCUCAUUCGUGAAGAGCAACAGCACCCACCUGUCAGGGAAGACCUUGACCUCUGAGCAGGGUGAGAGGGACUCCCUGCCCAGCUUGGGACACCGGCAGCCACAGCUCACUCAAACCAGGGAGGAGCCAACCAAAGUCACUCCGUGUAUAACUCCGCAGAGCAGAACAAGCUUUGGCCCUUCUGGAGAAGGCAAGAAAGAUUUCAACCCCCAACGCAUGCUUGCUCAGGACCAGAACGUCCAUACGGCAAGACCGUGUGUUGUGUCCAGUGAGUGCGGAAAACCGCUCAGGUACAAAUCCUCAUUUGUUAGGCACCCCAGAGUCCGCACAGGAAAGGGUUUUCACCCCUACGAGUGCAGUGACUGUGGGAAGUCUUUUAUAUAUAGUUCCAAACUCCGCUACCAUCAGCGCGUUCACACUGGCGAACGGCCUUACGAGUGCAGUGAAUGUGGGAAGUCUUUUAUAUAUAGUUCCAAACUCCGCUACCAUCAGCGCGUUCACACUGGCGAACGGCCUUACGAGUGCAGUGAAUGUGGGAAGUCUUUUAUAUAUAGUUCCAAACUCCGCUACCAUCAGCGCGUUCACACUGGCGAACGGCCUUACGAGUGCAGUGAAUGUGGGAAGUCUUUUAUAUAUAGUUCCAAACUCCGCUACCAUCAGCGCGUUCACACUGGCGAACGGCCUUACGAGUGCAGUGAAUGUGGGAAGUCUUUUAUAUAUAGUUCCAAACUCCGCUACCAUCAGCGCGUUCACACUGGCGAACGGCCUUACGAGUGCAGUGAAUGUGGGAAGUCUUUUAUAUAUAGUUCCAAACUCCGCUACCAUCAGCGCGUUCACACUGGCGAACGGCCUUACGAGUGCAGUGAAUGUGGGAAGUCUUUUAUAUAUAGUUCCAAACUCCGCUACCAUCAGCGCGUUCACACUGGCGAACGGCCUUACGAGUGCAGUGAAUGUGGGAAGUCUUUUAUAUAUAGUUCCAAACUCCGCUACCAUCAGCGCGUUCACACUGGCGAACGGCCUUACGAGUGCAGUGAAUGUGGGAAGUCUUUUAUAUAUAGUUCCAAACUCCGCUACCAUCAGCGCGUUCACACUGGCGAACGGCCUUACGAGUGCAGUGAAUGUGGGAAGUCUUUUAUAUAUAGUUCCAAACUCCGCUACCAUCAGCGCGUUCACACUGGCGAACGGCCUUACGAGUGCAGUGAAUGUGGGAAGUCUUUUAUAUAUAGUUCCAAACUCCGCUACCAUCAGCGCGUUCACACUGGCGAACGGCCUUACGAGUGCAGUGAAUGUGGGAAGUCUUUUAUAUAUAGUUCCAAACUCCGCUACCAUCAGCGCGUUCACACUGGCGAACGGCCUUACGAGUGCAGUGAAUGUGGGAAGUCUUUUAUAUAUAGUUCCAAACUCCGCUAUCAUCAGCGCGUUCACACGAGUGAAAAACCUUACAAGUGUGGCGAAUGCGGGAAGUCUUUUAUCUACAGUUCGACGUUUCGCUACCACCAGAGAGUUCACACUGGUGAGAGGCCUUAUAAGUGCAGUGAAUGUGGGAAGUCUUUUAUCUAUGGCUCCAAACUUCGUUAUCACCAGCGAGUUCACACUGCUAAAAGGCCUUAAGUGUGCCGGGAAUGAGCAAUUUCCUGUUUGGUGUAACAACACUUGAGGAGGAAACAUUUUGGGGAGUCAUUUGUCUGGAUUGAAACUCUUAUAUCUGGAUAUGCACAGUGGGGAGAUUCCCCAUAAGUUUUAUUUAUGUUGGAAGUGUGUGUAAGUAUUUUUCUCGUUCUGACUUUCCCAGGCCUCCUUCUUCUCGAGUUAUGGUGCUCCUAGAUUCUGAGGCUAAUUCCUUCCACCUUUCCCACCUGGCAGGUCCACAGACUUUGCAAUAGUCGACAUCCCAAUGUGCUUAUGUACGCUGACCUCUGGUCUCAUGUAUAUUGUGGCAAAAUGGAAAUGACCAGGGGAUCAGCUUUCCUAUUAGGACUGAUUUGGACAUGGACACGCUGCAGUAAUGAAUUGCAGCUUGCAGAGAAAUGACUACGUGUUCAUCGAGGGUGAUAAUUUGUGAUGAGAUAUUCCACCGUCCAGUGUAUGAACUUGGAACUGUCUGCUGCUCAUGACGUUGGCUUAUACAAUAAUUCAGAAUUUACUCUUCGUAAAAAUAUUUUGUUAUUUAUUUUAGAGAGAGGGAGAGGAGGAGAGAGAAACAUUGAUUGA